UCGGCGUCACGCGGGGAGACGGGAGAGCCCGAGUGCCCGGAUGCUGUCCUGGCUUCCCCCGCCGGGGAUCCCGAGGGCUGUCGCGGGCUCUCCUCCGGGGUCGCCCCUCCUGGCCUGCGGGCUGCCCCUGGACGCGGAGCCGUUACAGCUUCGCCGGGAAGACCCCGCUCUUCCCCAGCCGCAGCGCCGAGCCCCGGAGCCGGAGUCGAGCCCCAGCGGGUGGUGCUCCCCGGAGGUGACAGGAGCGCGGGUGGCCGGCUCCCGGGGUCGCUGAGGUCCGGCGGGGCGGCGGGGCCCGAGCGGAGUAAGAGGACGUCGUGUCCCUCCGUACGCCGCUCCACAUUGCUCCUUGGGCGUGCUGGCUCUCGUGCCAAUUCAGCUGGGAAUCCCGGUCUGUGGCGGUGUUGGGUAAAGUGUGCAGAUACCAGUAGCUUGCUCGCCUGGAAGUCGUGCCCCCGAAACCCACUUCUUGGCUUUUUGGAAGAAGCGGCUAUGUGACUAUGUUUGUGACCUCCUCUUAGAAGAGUCAAACGUUCAACCAGUAUCAACACCAGUGACAGUGUGUGGAGACAUACAUGGACAGUUUUAUGACCUUUGUGAACUAUUCAGAACUGGAGGUCAGGUUCCUGACACAAACUACAUAUUUAUGGGUGAUUUUGUAGACAGAGGUUACUACAGCUUGGAGACCUUCACUUACCUUCUCGCACUAAAGGCUAAAUGGCCUGAUCGUAUUACACUCUUGCGAGGAAAUCAUGAGAGUAGACAGAUAACACAGGUGUAUGGAUUUUAUGAUGAGUGCCAAACCAAAUAUGGAAAUGCUAAUGCCUGGAGAUACUGUACCAAAGUUUUCGACAUGCUCACAGUAGCAGCUUUAAUAGAUGAGCAGAUUUUGUGUGUUCAUGGUGGUUUAUCUCCUGAUAUCAAAACACUGGAUCAGAUUCGAACUAUCGAGCGGAAUCAGGAAAUCCCUCAUAAAGGAGCGUUCUGUGACCUGGUCUGGUCGGACCCUGAGGAUGUGGACACCUGGGCGAUCAGCCCCCGAGGAGCAGGCUGGCUUUUUGGAGCAAAGGUCACAAAUGAGUUUGUUCAUAUCAACAACCUAAAACUCAUCUGCAGAGCACAUCAACUAGUGCAUGAAGGCUAUAAAUUUAUGUUUGAUGAAAAGCUGGUAACAGUAUGGUCUGCUCCUAAUUACUGCUAUCGUUGUGGAAAUAUUGCUUCAAUCAUGGUCUUCAAAGAUGUAAAUACAAGAGAACCAAAGUUAUUCCGGGCAGUUCCAGAUUCAGAACGUGUUAUCCCUCCCAGAACGACGACGCCGUAUUUCCUUUGAGGCCUUCGCCCAUCCUGCUGACCCACUUCUCUACCCUCUUCUUCCCCCGACUCUCUCGUAUUACCCUCUGCAGUAUACUUUUUAUUGAGCACUUUGCUGCUGAAAUGCUGCCUCUUGCCUUUUUUUGAUUUUAAAUUAUCUGAGUUUAUUGUUUGUUAUGGUGUCUAUAGCAAUGUUUUUCUAUCAAUUUCUCCUCCAUCCCAUCCCCACCUUGGACUCAUUUGAGAAGACUUGAGAAAUGUCUUAAUACACAUACUGCUGCAUGUAGCUCUUGCAUAUUUACUGGUCUGGGGAAACAGGAUGUGUUUCCAUUUUUAAAAAAGCCAAUUGACAAUUACACCGAAAACACCUUUUGUAUCAUUGAGCCUUUUGUUUUAAUUUGGUAAAUUUUAAGAAAUUUCAGCAGCAAAGUUGUUAUUCAGUGGGCACGAUGGACUACAGAUGCCUCGAGUUAUGUACACCUGUCCCAGCUGUAAACUUCCGUUGUCCUUUGUUGGAUGAUAUUUUAAAUGGAUAUAAAAUAAAUUGGUCUAAAGGGCUGCCCUCCUUGUUGUGUUUUUAAAUUUUAGUUAAAAACUGCUACAGCGUAUGACUUUGUAUAUUAAAAUAAUUGUAAUGAUCUUUUUUCAAAUUCCUUGUAUUUUUUAAUAAAGUAAUCUUAAAUAAAAUCCAGAUAGGUUAAGUGUAAGAAAUUUUAAACAGCUUACAUUGUUAGCUUACCGUUCUUUUUUCCUAAUUAGAAUUCUUGGCCCUAUGGUUUUUGAGUUUAAAACUUCAAUUGAAAUUAAGUAGUAUUUAUUUUAAAAAAAAUCACUAAAGUGUGCCUAAAGAACGUAACUGCCAUAUUAAUGUUUUGGUUAUAUCCUCUAUAGUAAUAGAGAAACAUUUAAUACUUGUAAUGCUGAUGUGUUCAUUUGAUACCAGUUGAGUAGAAUGCGAUUGAUCCAGUUUACAAUCUAUCAUGAGUAUCAUUAAGUAAAAUCUGUGUACUUUUCAAUAGUAGUCAUUCUCUUGCUGUAACACUUGACCUUAACUUUCAGAAAGUGUUCAUUUUUUAACUGCAACUGGAAAGGUUGAAAAGUCAGGUCUCUUGUAUUUGUAAACUGUAAUCUGAAACAGAUUAUUUGAAGCGUAGCAAGAAACAAAUUGUCCUUUUUUUGUAAAGGUCUGUGAUACCAUAUUUCGGCUUUAUGUAAGUGAUUUGAAUAUCCAAAGGGUUGUGAUGAUCAGUUCUUGAUAUGCAACUGUCCACUUUAAUAAGGACAAGUAUUCCAGUAUCUCUUAUGACUGUAGUCGUAAAUGAUGUUGGAAUGUACCAUUUUGUGAAAACGUGGUAUCCCUUUACUGCUAAUAAUUAAUUCUUGUCAUUCCAGGAAAUCCAUGUGAAGCCAGCCAAUUAAUAAAGCACUUUAGCAUCUGUUCAGGUGGUUUUGAAAACCAACGUUUCCCCUUCAGGAUAAAAACUUCCAGGUCACCUAAAAAUGCAAUAAAAAUCUUUAUAGUCUAAGCUUCUUGGCACAUAAUUUUUCAUCAGGGUUUCCUUUUAUUGAAUGAGCACAAUACUGUUUUGAUUUGAUUUUUUUCCCCUAACCACUCAGCUCCUUGUACAGUUUUUAAUUGUAUAGCUAUAUAAAGAAGUGGCUAAGACAUUUGCUGCACACACUUGAACUAAUGUUGGGCCAGUAACACUAAUGUGUUACUGCUCUGACUCCAGUGUAAUUCAGGUGGAAAGUUAUUUUUAUCUUACAGGGAUAUGUAGCUGUGUAUUUUACUAAUUGUGAAACACUGGAAAUAACGAUGCAGACAACUUGGUGUGGUCUUUGAACAGCUCUCUACAGUAUUUUUUUGCCCCCUGUUAACCAUAACUUGUAUUUAAGUUCUUGCGUUCCACUGCUUUUCAGUUGUACCAAUAAAAUCGGUAACCCUCAGCCUUCCCUUCCCGUUUGACACCCCUUAGCUGAAUUUGAUGUAGUUGUUUUCAUUAUCCCUGUAAUGUGACUUUUAUUUGUAGGUCAUGGCGUACUGCAUUUGUCUGUCACUAGUUGGGCAUGUGCCAAUAAUAUUCUGUCCAUUCCUGAUCUGCCAUUUCUGUUUUGCCUGGUAUCUCUUCAACCGAAUAAUGGCUUUUUGCAUGGAGAAAAUAGUUUUUACUACUAGACAUGUAAAGGGAAGAAAGAGUGAAUGUCUUGGACUUUGUGAAGACUGAAAGGAAUAUUUGGACCCCUCUGAUAAAUAAGGGCUAUGUACCAUAUGGAGCAAUCAUGUGGUGGAAGAAACUUGCAGGUGGUGGAUUUGGAGGCAGGAGGGCCUGUUACUCCCUAUAUCUAGUCUGAAUGUAAAAUCCCUUAUGUUGUAUUAAUGGGGGUAAGAACUAUUUUUAUUUGCCUAUGAUGAUAUACUUGGUUUCUAAAUAAAGUGUCCUAGGCUCUAGUGAGAACUGUCUACGUUGAAUUGCCAUUUGCUUCCUUUCCUCUCGUGGCUAGCUUUUUGUAGGUUAAUGUGUUUCCCUGAAAAAUCUCACUACCUGAAAUGUGUUCCUUUGAGUGUGAUCCUAACAAGCCUGGAUCGAGAGUACACCUCAUAUGCAACUGUACUUCAGCUCCUAUUCCGUCUGGAUGUCUAGAACUGUUGGGAGAUUCUGACAUCUUAAACUCUGGAUUUCGCUUUUGAAAUAAGGUUUGAAACACUGUUCGCUGUGUUACGAUGUGUGUGUUUUUGCUUUGUAAGCCCAGCACCAGGUUUUGGAAAAUGCCUGUAUCUUAAAAGCAAAUCAGGACUCUGUCUGAGCCUCAUUCGUUGUCAGAAAUACAACUGUUUUCCGUCAGCUUCCAGGAGUCAGAGCUUUAACAGCAAGAAUCCAGACUUUUAAAUGUAAUUGUUUUUUAAAUGUAAUGUUUGUAAAGCACCUUCAGUUCUUUGGAUGAAAGGUGCUAUCUUCCCUCAGUGUAAAUUAAUAAAAAGAUUAUAGGAAGUUUGUCAAAAAAUAAUUUCAUCCAAUGCAUAGUCUGUAGUAUGUCCUGACAAGAAGUUAGCAUUUUAUAUAACAUCAUUUAAAUUAAAAAAUGCUUCUUCCUUUA